AUGUUAACCUUAUAGUUAUAAUAAUUUACUUAAUUAAGAUGUGGAGAUAAUUACUUACUAUUUGAUUAUAUAUGUGUAAAUUAAUGUGGAAAUGGACUGCUAAGUAGUUAAAGUGAAGCAUGUGAUGACGGUAACAAUGUUGGAGGAGAUGGAUGUUCAGCUUUUUGUCAAAUAGAGGAUAAAUACUAAUGUUUAAAUUAAAAUGGAUCAUUAAGUCAAUGCACUUAUAUCUAAGCUCCUGAAUUAAGCUUGAAUAUUUUAUCAAAUAAAGCCAACUCUAUUUAAAUUGUAGAAUUAACUUUUACUUAAGAAGUUAAAUUAAAUGAAGAUUUAAAACUUGAAGAAUUUAUGCUAUUUAGUAUUCUUCCUCAAACACAAUAUAAAUUGUCUAUUAAAAUCAUUUCAAAUAUUACUAUCAAUCUAAAUAAUCCUAAAUUUGAAAUUGAAAUCGAAUUUAUAGAACCAAUCUAAAAUCCUGUUCUUUAAGUUGAUAUUUAGAAAGAUACAAUUUAUAAUUAAUUUUAAAUUGGUUUAAAAGAAUAUUAACAUAUUUUUAAUCUUUCUACUCCUUUUGUGCUCUAAUAAGCUACUAAAGAAUAAUUAGCUUCAGUUUCUAAACUAAACGAUGCUAUGAUGUAUUAUUCAAUGGCUAGUGUAUCAAGUUUGGCUUUACUUACAGGAAAUGCCAUUAUGUUUUUUAAUUUAUUAGAUUUAUUAUAAUCUUUAUCUUAUCUCAGAUUUAUGUAAUAUGAAUUUCCACCACAUUUAACUGCAUUUUUGAACACUUAUACAAAAGUCUCAUUACAACCAAUUUUAAAUUAUUUUUAAAUAGACUAGUUAUUAAUAAAGUUAAAUAGAGGAUAAACAUAAUAUCAACCAAAUGGUAAAUCUAAUUAGGAAAUUUUACACUAGCUUUAUUUAUUCAAUGUAAAAAGUUGCUACUUUUCUGUCUUUGCUUCCAUUUUGAGUUAUUUAAUUUGUUGUCUAUUAGUUUCAAAAAUCUUAGAUAGUUUUGCUUCUACGUUAACCAAGAAACAUAAGUAUAAUUUUAAAAUCUUAAAAAUAAUAAAUUUUUUUUAAAAAAAAGUUCAAAAGAAUUGCUUGAAUUUAAAAAUUGAAUAUUUUUCUUUAGGAAUUUAUAAGGU